UUCUUUUAAGCCACAACACUAUCAUAAAAACCCCUCCUACUCCAAAGCACUCUCAUUGUAACCAAAAAUUCAAGAAAAUGAAUUGUCACAACAACUACUUAAAGUUUAUAUUUUUUCUUGUUGUUUUGGCAUCUUGUAGAUUUUCUAUAGCAAAACAGACAAACCCCACCUCAGAUAUCCCCAAAUUGGAUCAAUUCUUGAAUGCAAUUUAUGAAUGGAGGGCUAAUCAGAAGCAGAAACAAGAAGAUGUGGGUUUAAAAUUUGGAGUUUCAACUGUAGCAACAGGGGUGCUCUGUUUUUUAGCAGCCUCUAUAUCAAGUGCUGGUGGGAUUGGAGGUGGAGGUUUGUAUAUACCAAUUCUUACUAUAAUUGCUGGUGUAGAGCUCAAAACAGCUUCAAGUUUUUCUGCAUUUAUGGUCACAGGUGGCUCUAUUGCUAAUGUUGUAACUAACAUGUUUGUUAAAAGUACCAAAUAUGGAGGCAAGAUUUUGAUUGAUUUUGAUAUAGCAUUGCUGUCGGAGCCAUGCAUGUUGUUGGGUGUCAGUAUUGGAGUUAUAUGCAAUAGGGUACUCCCAGAAUGGCUUAUCACUAUACUGUUUGCUCUGUUUCUUGGUUUUUGCACUUUCAAGACAUGUAAAUCAGGCUUCUUUUAUUGGAAAUUGGAAUCAGAAUUGGAAAAUGGAAAACAAGAAUUGGAAAAUGGGUUGCUGAAAAAUGAAAGUUGUGAUGAAGAUGAUGAGGCUUUGUUGGAGAAGAAGGAAGGAAAGGGAGGAAUAGUUAGCAACAUUCCAUGGAUGAAAAUGGGGAUGUUGGUGAUGUUCUGGUUUUCCUUCUUUUUCCUCUAUCUUCUUCGUGGAAAUCAAUAUGGACAAGGCAUCAUUCCAAUGGAAGCAUGUGGAGUCGGAUACUGGAUCAUUUCAUCAGUUCAGUUUCCUAUGGCUAUCAUCUUUACAUCAUGGAUCUUGUAUAAUAGAGAAAGUCAACAGAACAUGCCUUCCAAGAAACCGGAAGGAAGCAGUGAAACUAAACAUGGACCUUCAGGGAAGCUCAUCUUCCCUAUAAUGGCACUACUAGCAGGGGUUCUAGGAGGCGUUUUUGGAAUUGGUGGUGGAAUGCUAAUUAGUCCCCUCUUAAUCCAAGUCGGAAUAACUCCUGAAGUGACAGCAGCAACCUGCUCAUUCAUGGUGUUUUUUUCCUCUACCAUGUCAGCUGUGCAAUAUCUAUUUCUAGGGAUGGAACACGUGGACGAUGCCCUCAUCUUUGCAGUUGUAUGUUGUAUUGCCUCAAUCAUUGGAUUAGUAGUGGUUCAGAGAGCCAUAGAGCAUCAUGGGAGAGCAUCCCUUAUUGUAUUUUCUGUUGGCAUAGUUAUGGCUUUAAGCACUCUUCUCAUGACUAGUUUUGGAGCUGUUGAUAUCUGGAGGGAUUACACUAGUGGGAAUUACAUGGGGUUCAAACAGCCUUGCUAAGAUAAGAAAACGAGGAAGCCUUAAGAGAUGGUCCAAUUCAAGGCAUUGUCCAAAUCUUGCAUUACUAUGCUCUAUAAAGAAUUAGAUGCUUCUUUGGAAGCUUUUGUUAAGAAUAUCAUACUAUUAGAGAACACGGGUGAACUGGUGCUAUGGAAUGUUUGUAAUCUGGAUUAUGAGUCAACACAUGAUUAUUACAAAUACCUAUGCAUUUCCAAUUGUUAUGUUUAAGCCAUGAUUAUUACUUAUAUUAAAUAGCUUGUAUUACUAC